GCUGCUAACACUCCCAAAUCCAUUUCUCCGUCUCCACUAGGGUUUACGAAUUCACUCCAGAUUGCUUCUUCUUCCCCGUGCAGUUUCCUCAAAUUCUUCGGUUGCUCAUAGAUCUCAUCGAUUCGCUGCUUGUUAUGGUGAAUACACACAUACAGAUUUGGAGUUCUCAAGAUGCAAAAAUGUUUGAUGCUAAAAGGAAUGGAGUAAACUGGGCCCAAUAAGAGGUGGACAACUUUACAUGUAAGGCUCAAGCGUCAUACCUUGUAAAAAUCUACAUCCAUUAUUAUUAUUAUUAUUAUUUUGGAUCAGCAUCUACAUCCCUUGUUUGGUUGGUUCACAUAAUUCCAUAUGUCCCCAAGGCCUUAACAAAAUAAACCUGAACACAUGCACACACACACACAUAUGAGCAAAUCAGAUUUUUCCUUUAGCAUGACAUGAAAGUCUAUGGAGCAGAGAAAGUUGGUACAUGUAAGCACUCUUUUCAUAUUAUCAACGUUGUCAUCAUCAUUAUUGUAUUCUUCCUGUUACAAGACAAUGCUUUCCUGGGUUAGGUUUUGCAUCAUAAUCGGUUCUGGAUUGUGUGAGCUCUCUGUUGCACUGGGGCACAUAUUUUGAUUUGUUAAAAUUGUCAAUAUCUUGCUCCGUGUUACCCCGAUGUGAAGUGAGUUACACUCUGCAUAUUUUACUGUUUUGGUGUUAUGUUUCACUCCUUGUUACCUUAAUAUUAAAUGAGUUACACAAUG